AUGAGAAUGAAGAGAGCAAUCAUCCUUCCAAUGCUGGUUCUCUUUGGAUCAUGUCUCUACAUCGGAACAUUUUUUUAUCUCAUUGUCAUUGAAGAGUCCCAAGAUAUGGUUAUGAACGAAAACAGAGGAAAAGAGUUUGAUUUCUCUCCUUCGAAUUUAAAAGAAUUUGGAAUAAAGGCUAUUGCUGACAUUAAGUUAGCAGGAAAUAUUGCAAAUCAUAGAGAGCUGGUGACAAACGUGGACGGCCCUAAUGAUGUCGUCAUUCCAGAUCGAACCGCAUCUCAGACGAGUAAAAAGCCAGAACAAGCACGUCAACAGAAAAGAACACCCAGGGAAUUACCUGCAAAGUUGAUAGAAAGAAAGGCAAGCGUUCAAGUAAAAACCAAACUGCAUUCUGCAAGUAAACGUAAAGACCAUAGGAUCAUAGAAGAUUUAUUACACUCUGUAAGCAAUGACAAGUACUUUCCAGUCGAUUCGAUUUGCCCUUUUUUAGGAUUAAAAAUGGAACCGUAUAUUAAAUUCAAAGACAGUUUCCACGAGAAUGAACAUUGCCUCCAACGACAGCCAUCCUUAGAUGAGUGCCAGGAGGCAGUAAGAGAUUAUAAAAUAGAGACUCUUCCUAUUGCAAGAUGCGAGGAGCAAACUGAGAAAAACCUUUGCACGAUUAGUGAUAAGUGGCGGUCAGACCGUAGUGUCAAAGUUAAGGUGCGCUGUGAUGUUCGAAGAUGCGGAGAGAAUCCUAUCUAUGCUGUGAGUUUGAACCCUAAAACUGGGCAACUUGAAGACGAACAUCAUUGGCACAAAUUUAUUUCCAAAGCAGAUAUCGAAGCCAAUCUUCCAUUCGUUGUUAUUCAAAUUUCCAAAAAUGGCCUGAACUUUUGUUUUCUUCAAUGUCUCAACAACAAUACCUCUCAGGUAAUCAAAACAAUUCUAAAUUUUCCUCCUGUUCUUGUUCGAUCAAACUCUAAUCAACCCAAAGCGCAGCCCCCAGCCUUAAACAUUAACAUGGUCGUUCUGAGUUCUACGUCUCGACCACAUUUCUAUCGAUCAUUACCCGAAACUGUUGCCACACUACGAAACAUGGUUUAUGACAAAUCAGAAACAGCAUCCGCCUUAGAUUUCGAACUCCUUCAGAGCCUGACGUCAGAUACGGCACAAAAUCUUCAAGCUCUUCUCUCAGGGCAAACCGACAGAGAAGCCCGUGUCCAAGGAUUGACUCUGUUUUCAACAUUGAAAGAGCUAGGAUAUCAAAACAUAUUCCAAACUGAUCAAUGCUGGUUGAGGCAUGACUAUGAAAAUAUGGGAGAAAAAAUUAAGAUGGAAUGGAGUCGCUGUGACCCUGGAAUGACCCAUGUAGCUUGCCAAGCGACGGACGAGCACAAAGUUAACAAUAAACUCGAAGGAAAUCACACGACUACGGCCUCAUGUUUAAACGGCCAUUACGUUUUCGACUACAUCUUCGAUUUCAUAGAUAAAUUUCAGCUUGCGUUAAGAGUUACUAAGACAAAAACACCUUUCUUUUCUCACACUUAUCUGACCUUAACGAAAGACGAAUUAGGAGUCAGAAUAAGGCAACUGGACAAGCAACUGUCCAUGUUUCUACAGACCAUGGCGCGUGAAGAAAAUGCUGUGACUAUUGUAACAUCGGACCACGGCCCAACAGCAACUAAGUACUCAAUGGAUUCGAUUGGAGGAAGAUAUGAAAUGUAUAAUCCCCUUCUUUUCAUUAUUAUACCCAAGCAAUUAUCUCUGAGACUUGGAAAACAGCAAAUGGAAGCCUUGAUUAAGAACCAAAAUCGGCUAAUAUCUCACAUCGAUCUUCACGAUACUCUUAUUUCGAUCGGUAAACUCGGGGGCAAUCAGCGCGGGUAUAGUAAAGGACUUUUAGCAGAAAUAGCCAUCAAUCGAACAUGCGCAGAUGUUGGUAUCAGUGAAGAGGCCUUGUGCAAGUGUCGCGGUUGGGAAGAAUGGUUCCCGAAGGAUGACCCAAGAUUCACUUGGAUCGCCGAGUUUGCCCUUGGGGAGCUCAACAACGUACUUCAAGAUAUGAUGCAAAAUUUCUCGUUGUUAAAUGAGGGACAUAUCAAAUGCCACAGACUCAUUGGUUACGCCAUUGAAAAGAUUCACCAAGGAAAAGACAAACGUUUUCUUUCACUGGAUUUAGUGGCACAUCCUGGAAGGCAGUUAUUUGAAACCAAACUUUACCUACCAAUGAACUUUUCUUUAGAAGCCGGCAACGCAAACUAUCUGUUCCAAGGAAGUAGACAGUUGAUGAAAGUACUUAGCUUUCGAAAAGGAGAUCACCGUCUAGACCUUACAGCUACUGCAAAGAGCGGACCAGCGAUUAAUCUAUGUCUGCAAGAUUUUCACCGAUUGAGCAGCAAGAUGCGAACGAAAAGAAAUUCCAGAGGAGCAGGUACAAAGUAUGACGGAAACAUUUUGCGAAUGGCACAUUAUUCCAAACACUUUGGAGCUAGUCCACGAAUUCGAGUACUUGACAGGCGGGAGAAAUGUCUCUUUCUCGUCACGAGAACGCAUUUUAAUCAAACGGUGGCGUUAGAAGUCUUGAACAACUGUGUUCACAGGACUUUCGUGGUUAAAGUUGAUAUAUCGAAUCAAAAGGAACAUGUGCAUCUGACGAAAAAGCUUCCAAUGCUAGUUCAACUAGCUCCAGGGACUUUUCGUUUUUUAUUCAGUGCUUAUAUAACGGAAAGGGCCAUGAUUCUCAAGCCAAAAAUUGCCUUUAAAGUUGUCAAGGUCAAUGUUUAAGGCGAGUAACUGUCUAGUAAUCUGGAAUAGAAAGUGGUUUCUUUUCCACAGAAAUAGUUUUGGUUUUAACUAUUUAGUCACUCUGACUA